GGGAGGUCCUAAGCAUUGCAACAGUAUAUAAAAAUGUAAAGAAAAUCUUACAAUUCAGCAAAGUAGUACACCUGAAAUGGCGAGCACCAAACAUCUGUUGUUACUCGGCCUGGCAAUUCUUAUGGUCACACAGUCCUAUGCCACCUUCCAUCCUGACGGAGCCUAUGUGUAUCAGACCAAUCACCCCGAGGCUGUGGACCACUAUGUCUACGCACAUACUAAGCUUGGCAGCAAGGCAAAAUCUACCAAUUAUGAAGUCAGAUAUAAUGGAAAAGUCUGUUACAACUUAACAAACUUUGUGGUGGAAAGUAUGGGAAGUAUGGGCAACCAUGACUGGCUAGAAGUGACAUUUGGGAAAGAUUGCGUCUCGGGUAGGGUUAUCACUGAACAUCGUAUGACGGAAGAGGAGCCGUUCAGCGUGUGCAAUGUAUACUGGUACAACAAGUACUCAGAUGAUCCUGAAAACCCGCCCACGUGUACCCCCGCCACAUACCGCUAUCACGUGAUAUUUACCCUGUCAAAGGAUCCCGAUGAGAAUGUCAAGGAGAUGAUCGAAAAAUAUGUUGAGGACAACAACAUUAUGGAUCUACACAGACAGGAUCCUUCUGAAUGUGACGUCUAGUUCGAAAUGAGAAUGGGAUUACAGAAGAAAGUCAACUCUGGAUGCAGAGAAAAAUGAAAACUGCACUUUUGUCCGCUUCUAUUCUUUGAAAUUGUAUAAAAUAACGCAUCAUCUUUAUUUGAUAAGCAAUUAUAUUUGUUUCAUUUAUUUAUAAAGAUCAAAAAUUUAUAUCUAUAUAUGUGUCAAUAAAUACAGAGUUGAAAUAAAAAAUAAA